GCUGCGGAGAGAGAGCGGAAGACGCCUUGGGGGAAGAAGCGGAAAGGGGAGGAGGCGAGUGCACUCACCUUCCGUUGUCUAGCCAAUACCGUGCAGUGCAGCAGAUGCUAGAAAAUUGCCGUCGGUUUAAUCAGUACCGAAUUCGCGAUGCUGUCAGCGCGGUCCUUUAUCCACCACCCUGCUGGGCAUCUGCGUUGCGGCCGCUUUGUGUACGUGCCCACCUUCGCCUAUCGUGUAGGGCGCUAACAUGGUAUGCGUGAAGGAGGGAUGCCUACUGAAACAGACAAGUUCAUUCCAGAGGUGGAAGAAGCGAUACUUUCGACUCAAGCCGCGGAAACUCUACUAUGCAAAAGACACCAAGUCUGUGAUUUUUGAGGAGAUUGAUCUCACCGAGCUCAGCGUGGCCGAAUGCAGUACAAAGAAUGCAAACCACAGUUUUCAGAUUAUCACGCCGUUCCGGAGGCUCAUCUUAUGCGCCGAGACGAGGAAAGAAAUGGAGGAUUGGAUCUCGGCCCUGAAGAGUGUCUGCAACAAGGAUUUCUACGAGGGCACAGAACACCAGCAGGAUUUUCUGUCAGGGCAGCACAACUGGUACGUGACGUCUCAUGCACGUCCCACCUAUUGCAAUGUUUGCAAGGAGGCCCUGUCAGGUGUUACCUCCCAUGGCCUCUCCUGUGAAGUUUGCAAGUUCAAGGCACACAAAAAGUGUGCGCUCAAGUCUCCAAACAACUGCAAGUGGACAACAUUGUCAUCUGUAGGAAAAGACAUUAUUGAAGACGAGGAUGGGAGCCUGACCAUGCCCCAUCAAUGGAUGGAGGGCAACCUGCCUGUCAGUGCGAAAUGCUGUGUGUGUGACAAAACUUGCGGCAGCGUUCUCAGGCUUCAGGAUUGGCGAUGUCUUUGGUGCAGAGCAACGGUGCAUUCGGCCUGCAGGUCCCAGUGCCCCGUGCAGUGCCCACUUGGUGUUUGUAGGGCUUCGGUGAUUCCCCCAACGGCACUAUACAGCACCGGCGCUGGGUCUGAUGAGCCAUGGGAAGCAGUGGUGCCCACUCGUCGGGGCAGCAUGGGAGCAGCCACAGAUCCAUCUCAGCAGGGCCAGCCAGGCAGCACACCCUUGCUGGUAUUUGUCAACUCCAAGUCUGGCGACAAUCAAGGAGUCCGAUUCAUCCGACGCUUCAAGCAGCUUCUCAAUCCAGCUCAAGUCUUUGACCUCAUGAAUGGAGGUCCCAGCCUUGGGCUGCGCAUGUUUCGGGCAUUUGUGCCCCUGCGGGUGCUUGUGUGUGCGGGAGACGGCAGCGUGAGCUGGGUGCUGAGUGAGAUGGACCGGCUGUCACUGCACCGGCAGUGCCAGACGGGGGUGCUGCCACUAGGCACAGGAAACGACCUGGCUCGUGUGCUGGGCUGGGGAUCAGUCUGUGAUGACGAUGCACAGUUACCACAGCUGCUCGAGAAGUACACCCGUGCAGCCCCACGGCUCCUCGACCGGUGGAGCAUAAUGACUUACGAAGGGACCAUGCCACUGCCUUCCAGAAAGAUGUCGACGCCAUAUGACCAAAUCGCUGUCUAUGAAGACUCCGUGGUUGCUCAUCUUUCACAGAUACUCCACUCUGAUCAGCAUUCGGUGGUGAUCUCAUCAGCAAAGGUCCUCUGUGAAACCGUGAAGGACUUCAUUGCCAAGGUAGGUGCUGCUGACUCUUGCGGUGCCACUGAAGUUGACAAGGACUCUAUAUCACACAAGUGCAAGGUGCUCAACGAAAAGCUGGACUCCUUGCUGAAGACUCUGAAAGAAGAGUCGCUGGCCGUUGAGCAGCCUGAGCCUGAGGCUCAAGUUGGCAAGAAGGAUCCCGAUGGUGACAAGGAUGAGAAUCGAACAAGCCCAGCCCCGAAGUCAACAAAGACAGCAUUUAUACAGCGAGAAGCUCUUAUGUUGAGGGCCAACAGCCUCAAGAAAGCAGUCCGGCAGAUCAUUGAGCACACUGAAAGAGCCGUGGAUGAACAGAAUGCCCAGACCGAAGUGCGAGAAGAGAACAUUGUUGCGGAGGACGAAAACCGGAGCACAGAACGAGUUUAUCAGGAGGGAGAGAGUGGACGUGAGGUGCAGGCGCCAUGGGUGGAGGUUGCAGUCAUUGAAAGAAGCACCCAGGUCGCAGAUGCUGAGUCAGCCGGCACAGCAGAGUUGCCUGUGCUGACAACCAGCUUCCAUGAGUCAUCAGAAUGCUGGGACCCCUGGGGCAUUGCAAUGGGACAAAGCGUUGGUGCACCACUCAAGGACACACUGCAGGUGACUCUGGCCACCAUCGAGGGCGGUCUGAGUGCAGACAGCUCCCCAUGUCCAUCUCCACGCUCACUAAUGGCCACCCCUUCACCAAGUCCAUCACCCUGUAGCGUGUCACCACAGCCACCAUCGUCCAAGGAAGAGAGUGGGCAGCACCGCGAACGACGCAGGUCGUCGCUGAGUCCAUCGUCAUUGCACCCGACCAGCCUUGCACUGACGCCCACUACUGAGGAAGAUGAGGAUCGCUCGUGGGGAAGUCCACAGAGGGCCCAGCGAAAGAGCAAAGGAGAAAGCAAGAAAGGCUCGGCAUCCAAAGCAGGCAGCAGUGCUGCAAACGCGCAGUCGCCCACUGGCUCCCGACGCAUCAGCAGUGGAAGCACUCUGAAACACCUAGGUCUCUCACUUCUUCCCGGCGAGCGGAGCCCAUCGGAAGAGCACCCACCCUCUUCCGCACAUCAGCUGAGCACUUCUCAGCACCACCCGCUGCAACAACAACAGCAGCAGCAGCAGCAGCAGCAGCAGCAGCGCACCUUCCCCAUCAUCAACCCGCUGGCAUCGCUGCCCAUGUGGCCCAACCUGAACCGGGAGAGUCUGGUGGGCAAGGUGCUACUGGCCAAUGCCGAUGCACUCUGCGCGGCCGCCUCUCCUUUGAUGGAUGUCGAGGAAAUCUCAUUGGAAGGCUUUGAAGAAAAGUGUGUCAUGAACAACUACUUUGGCAUUGGUCUGGAUGCCAAGAUCACUCUCGAAUUUCACAACAAGCGGGAGGAGCAUCCUGAAAAGUGCAGGUCUCGCACGAAGAACCUGAUGUGGUAUGGUGUUCUGGGUGGCAAAGAGUUGUUGCAACGUACAUACAAGAAUUUGGAGCAGAGGGUGCAGCUGGAGUGCGAUGGGCACCGCAUUGCAUUGCCUUCCCUACAAGGCAUUGUGGUCCUCAACAUACCCAGUUAUGGUGGUGGCUCCAACUUCUGGGGUGGAAGCAAGGAAGAUGAUGUCUUUUAUGCGCCGGCCAUAGAUGACAAGAUACUGGAAGUCGUUGCCGUCUUUGGUACCGUACAAAUGGCAGCAUCCAGGGUUAUCAACUUGCAGCACCACAGAAUUGCUCAGUGUCGCUCAGUCCGCAUCACAGUGACCGGGGAUGAAGGGGUGCCCGUUCAAGUUGACGGAGAGGCCUGGGUCCAGCCGCCAGGCUAUAUAUGUAUUGUACACAAGAACCGCACCCAAAUCCUGUGCCGCAACAGGUGUGAUGCCAGCAUGAAGCUGUGGCAGGAGCGACAGAGGCACUUCCCAACUGGACGCCACAGCCAUCACCACCAUCACCAUUACCAUCACAGGGGCUCCCUGACUGAGGAGGAGGCCCAGCAGCUCAUUGCCUUCAUCGAGGCAGUCUCCAGCCUUGUCCGAACAAUCAAGACAGCAUCAGCUACAAAUGCCGUUGUGGAACAUGAGCUGUUCUUGGCCGCCUCUCAGACUUCCUCCGCAAUUGACCACGUCUUUCCUGGAGGCCACUUGGUAGAGAAUUUGCAGACACGGCAGCUUAUCUGUGACCUGGUGGCUAGUGUCCGGCAGCUGUGCCAAGAGACAAGAAUCUUUGCCUCUGAGAAGCUUGAAGAAGCGAAGCUACCCCCGCAGUUGGAGGAAAAGUUGAUUUCUACAACUGCUACUGUCGAAGACGAGUUGCGCAAGUGCUUCGACUUGCAAGGCACAGGAGACGAUGAGCAAGAGCAUAAGCGGCCUCGGAGUCUGUUCAAGCUGAAACUGAAGCGUUCCAAGACAACUGCUUCAUCUUCAUCAUCCUCCACGUCGGUGACUCAGCCACCCGCCAGGACAGAACCGUCUCUCUCAAUCAGCAGCGGAGGUGGAACAACUGACGAUGGCUCAGCAGGUCCCAUUAGUCUAAUUCCAUGCAAGAGCGGGCCCAAUUGUGGCACACCAGAAUCUGCCACCUCUCCGCCUCCCCCACUGUCCAAGUCGCCGACUGUAGCACCCAAGUCACCGGCAAAGUUGUCGCAGCAUGGAUCUCCAGAAAAGUUGGCAGUCAUCGGUUGUCGGCCAAGGGCCUGGUCGGCAGAACAAGUGGCAAGCUGGUUGGCAGAGAUCCACAUGCGAGAGUACCAGGAGCACUUCCUGCGGCACGACAUUCGUGGCCCCGAGCUGCUCAGCCUAGAGAGGCGUGAUCUCAAGGAGCUGGGGAUCACCAAGGUGGGCCACAUCAAGCGAAUUCUUCAGGCAGUGGCAGACCUAAAGAAGCUUUAGCAGUGAGCCACAGCAUCGGCUCUGCCUGACUGUCACGAAGGAAGGCAUUGCGUGGAAAGAGUUUCCGCAGCCAGCAGACGAAAGUUAUACGUGUUGGCAGCAACGAAGCCAUAUCAGACAGGCCGAGCUGCCAAAACACUGGGACCACCGAGGACAGGAUGCGGACACAGUGCCGCCGAGGCCUGACGACAAUCUAGCUCUUGCUAUAUGUGCGGGCCCUGCCAUGUAGUUGAAUGCGGUCAAGGGACAUUCCAUCACGUACUGCGCUAGUCACCCGGGGCCAUUUUACAUAAUUGUUUUCUGGCAAUGAGCUGGGGUGGCUGAAAAAGUAACACCUUCUUCUUUUUUCCAUUGCACAAGUGUAAUUGGGCUGCUCCAGCUUUGCUUCACACUGAGGUCUACUGCCAUGUGUUGACUCUUUUGCCGUAAGUGGCCAACACAGCCUUUGACACCAUCACAAAACCCCAUUCAUUGCAAGCAACAAAUAAAACUGUCUGCCAAUAACUCUCAUUCCACUGUGAAUACCAGAAGCGAUAACUUUGUACAGCAUUACACAAAGCACAGUGUUUACUAGACUAGUUUGAUCUGCAGUAAACUAUGAGCCUUUCACCGUGUGGCAUACUAGUGGAAGCCAAGUGGAGCAGUUCCAAAACAGUGGUGUGCACGUAACAGAAUGCCGGCUGUUGCCUGGGAGCCCUGAUGUAAUCAGUGGAUUUUUUUUUAAUACAUAUUUUGCACCUGGCACCUUGUACCUAUUCAUAACCUUUAAUAUUGGAUCACACUCACAUGUAAGGCCGAAUGUGUGUAUUUAUUGUUACAUCCGUGUGAGUGCCUGAACACAGACAUUACAAUGCUUAAGCUCGAGACUGCAUAUUUUGUUGUUGUUUUUGUUUUGCACAAACUAGCUACUUAUUUCAUCUUAAUGUGUAAGGUAACAGUCUAAGGUCACAUCUGAAAGGAAAUGGGAGUGCAGGCAACCUAAGAAGGGAUGUUCCAAGAUGUUGUUUCCCUGCCAUCAUGUAUGACUUGAGUAGUAGGAGAGAAGGCCUGAGGACUAGUACCUGCAAUAUCUGUGUAGUUUUAUUGCAAUGGGAAGUUUGCAAAAUUCCGAAACUUGGUUACCAUGCAAAGCUUUCAUUAAGCCCAAAACGUCUUCUUCACAGGCAACAUGUCUAUAUCAAGCAUAGACUAGUGCCUACGAAAGUGCAAGUAGGCAGGUUCUGGUGUGUAAAAUUGUCACAGAGUUUCUGUUGUGUAUAUAGUUUUUUUUUUAUUCAUAAAUGUAGUGUUCUGUAACUCUGACUCUCAAAUAUCUGCUCUCCAAGAUGAACCUAACUGCGGGUAUCCUUGCUUUUCAACACUGCCUUCAGCUAGCAGCCUUCAAAACAGGCUGCAACUCACAUGACUUCCAAGCGUUGAAAAGGGAGAUCAACUUAUAGAGGUCUGAUAGAUAUAGAAACUUUUUGUUCGUUACGAUAAAUGCAAAAAUGUGUCUGUGGACAAGUUUUGGGGUUAAAUAAAGCCUUGUAGGGCAGGCAACGUUGCAUAGAUUCUGCAAAUUGUGCAUUAAUGCUGCUGAACUGAACAGUACUGCUGCAGAUCUUGAAGGCUACAUACGUUCAACAUUUAUAUGAUGGCUAACGUUGGUAAAAUGGGCUAUAGAUAAAAUAUUUUUCAUAAUCUGGUAACUUACAAGCAAGUGUGUUCAUGUAGCUGGCACAUAAAAAAAUUCAGCCUUCAGUAACUGUGGGCGCACUACAAAAUACUGUAUCUAUUCCAAAGCAGCUUUCGAAAACCUUGUGUAAACCAAGCACAGCAUGUGUUCCUACAUUGGCCUGGCAAAAGCAUAUGUCAAGGCUCUCUGUAUGUGAUGUGCUGAUGCUCUUUUAACAAUGGAAGCAUACACUACCAGAAAUCUGUGUGGAGUGUGAAUUUUAUUGCUGCAUAUCAUUAUGCUGUGGAAAACUGAUUUGUUGUCGACAGGAUGUCAUGUGCAUACUACAGCUCCACAAAAACUAUUUGAAACAUUCUUCAUAAAAAUGCAAAAUGUGCCAUUCUUUUUCGUUUUGCAAAAACAGAACAGCUGCUCGCAAGAUCUUAUUUGUUCAAAUUUAGCCGCUACAAUAUAAUUACUGAUUGAGCAACAGUGGUGGUAUACAUCUCAAAAGCAAAAUCAAAUUGCCUUUCCAGCGUUCUCUUGUGAGUGAGCGAUAGCACGUGUACAGCUUUCACAGACUCUUUUCUGUCAAGGUUGCACCUCCCGAUGCACACUUGCACAUGUGCCACCUUUCACAUCUUGUUCCCACCGUCUCUCGUGUACAUGAACACUUUUGUACUUGCACAUGCCAGCAAUACCAUUUGUGCCAACCCGCACUUGUAUCUCUGUAAUUUAACCCAUCACUACAUGUUAUACCAAGCCCAAACACACCUGCACCUCAAUCGCACAUAUGCAUCCACUUCCUCUUGUGGCUGCCGAGAGUACUGGGUGUGGCAGUCUCUCCUUUGUAGCCACCUCUGCUGAGAGUAGCCUUUGUUCCUUUUGUGUGUUUGCACCAUGGAGCUUGGCCUUGCCCAAGGGGGGCAAAAUUUUUUUUUUUUUUUUUUGGGGGGGGGGGGGGUGACCUUGCACUGCAGUGGUGCUCUUCAUCUGAGCAAGCCUCAUGGCGAAUGCAGUUUUGGCAACUUGGGUCAGCUAAGCAAACUCUGUGUUGUUAAAAAUUAAUUUUAACGCAAGGGCGAGGGGAGUCAUCAGCCGUCCUGGAAAAAAGAAGCGAGGCUCAUACUUAACAAAUGUAGUACGUAGUAGAAUUUUUGAUCAUACAUACUUUUUUCUAUGGCUGACUCUGGGCACCUCUCAAAUAGUUUGACACAGCAACAGUUCGCGUAAGUGAAAUGUCUGAAGCUUUGUGAUUAUGUACUUAAAAGGCACAGUAUUACCAGUAUUGCUUAUCUUGUUAAAGUACCCAGAGCAAUAGAAGCUUGGUUGCCUGCUGUUGGCAUGACAUGUGACAAAAGCAUGUUACAUUGCAAUCUUUCACGUAGCACUGCCUUGUUCGUGCAAAAGGCAAUGUUUAGAAACAGUGCAAGUGUGAGUGCGGAAGAGUUUACACAAAUUUAAAAUAAGCAUGGUUUAAUGCAAUUUUGCAAUAAUGACGCUCACCGUAUAUAUGUGCAGUUGGCUUUGAAGCUUUGUGUCAUCAGACAAGUCAAAAGCGUCAACUGCAUCUUUCAUUAUUAGACAUUUUAUUUUCAGCACUUCAAAUUACAGCGGAGUGCUAGGUAUUGUUAUUGAAGAAGUAGUACUGAGAAUAUAUAAUCAUCAUGCAAUACCUUAAAUAUAACUUACCCGUUAUUGUAAUUUUUAUGCUGCAAUUUUUAUUUCGCAGCUUUCUCAGCUUCAUUGCAUCAGUUUGUGAAACUACACUUAUGAAAGCAGUUUUUUCACCUGACUUGCAAACAGCAGAAGGUAAUUCAACACAAGGUGUACUGAACACUAACCAGUGAGGUGCAAGUCUCCCCAUAGCAAACCUUAUUACAUCUAAACUGCUAAUGAACCAGCAAACAAGCAUCAACAAACUUAAGAUAGCCUACGACCUUGAUAAAAACUUGAUCAUCUUUUGUACAAUAAUUGUAGCUGAAUUGGAAUGUACAAUUUUUUUUUUUUUUUGAAAGCUAGGAAAUGUAAGUUCACCAACCUGAUCAUGUUCACUUACCGUCGAACAUAAGCACCUCUUGGAAAUUAAUUCCAAGAUAAGGUUCUCCACGUCAUGUACUUGAUGCCUUCCUGCAGAGGGCAUGUGUACUGCACGUAUUACAGGGCAGUUCUUUUGUACCAAAUAUGUAACACCUUUUUUUCCGGUGUAUAAAUACACAUUUUGUGUGUCACUAGCUGGUCUGCAAUUAAAUUUCAGCAGGCAUGCUAGUAGAUUUUGACUCAGGGUUGCACUGCACGCAUAUGACAAAUGCUCACGAACAAAAAGGAAGCCUUGCAGUUCAUUUCGAUUUUGCUGUUUGGCAUUGCUGGAUGGUAUAACUAUGAGGCAAGUUUUAUUACUAUUAAGCUCCUGUACGCUAUGGAUGACCAUGUAGAUUAGGAGGACUAGGACCAUUGAUAAUGCAAAAGGUUGUAGUGAGCCAGACAUUGUGAGAAGUGCAGAAAGUUGAAGGAAUGUGUUGCAAGCUUAGAGCACUCCCUGUGCAUUAGCAGAUGUAUGUGUCAUAACUAUGGUACAAAGGUAGAAAACUCUUGGAUGGCCAUAGGUAGGGGGCCUCCUUGCUGCAACUGGUGGGUGACUGACCUUGAGUACUAAAGCAAUUUUCAUUUAUGGGACUUUUCAGUUGCUACGCUAGGCUAAAUGCCUUGAAAUCAGUGCCUUUAUCUGGCAGCGCCGUUUUUGUCUUAUCAGAAUGCUACAGACAUGGAAGGAAAGGAAAUGGAACAAAGUGGUGCAGUAAAUCCUCACAGUUUUGCAUCGACGAUUCACGAAGGAGAACAAAGGUUGUCUCUUGUGGCCUGCGCUCGCAUGAAGGUGUUUGCGUUAGAGUAGCCUUUUUCUAAAAAAAAUUUUGCUGAUGGCAUCUGACAGCUUCUAAAAGCACUCUUCUUCUUUCUUUCACUUUUUUUUUUUCCAGGUUUAUUGUGCUAUGGGCUGGUGAGAGGACGAUUGUAUGCUAAAUAUCUCACUAAAUUUCAGAUCUGCUUGUUCGAUGUACUACAAAUAUUGCUAAAACAAAAUUAGUCAAAUGGAACAAGACACUGUCAUGUGUUUUGUGAUGCAAGUACUUUCAAAAUUGUAAUAUUCUAUUAUGAGGGUGCACAGCUUUAAGCACUCUUAUUCUCACUCGUCAGACAGUGUAGUGCACCAUAUUAUACUAUCUAGUUCACUAUAGCCAUAUCAAGCAUCUCUCGCAGCUUGCUACACUUCUUUUUUAACAUAGUUACUUUAGAGAUAUUGUUCUGCAAUAGCUCACAUGUUGCCAGAAUUUUGUUCAUUACUCUAUAUACGUGCAGAAUUUAAGUUCGUCUUUCAUUGAUCCUAAAUGAAACUUCACUUUAGCAUGUUUAAUCAUUCUACAUGAGACCGCAUGCAAAAGUUGUCUUACAGGUGUUAGCUCACCGGACAACACUCUUGUCACUGGCCUGUUUGAAUGUUACCUCCUGUUAUUGUCAUCCUUUGAGAAAGAAUAUCCACAUUUCACUGUUAUUUAGCAAACUGUGGUCAUUAACCUUUCCUGGUACACUGGUAAGGACCCUUACAGUCAUUACCAGAAAUACAGUGUUCCACUUUUCUCUCACAUUUUCUCUACACUCUCCCAGGAUAUAUAGCUUCUGACUGUCACAUCAAGCGUGACACAUGUCACACACAAGCACAUUAUGCAGCAGCAACAGUAGCACCACUCGCGUGAGUGUGCAGGAGUGCACGCUGUUUAUCGCCGGUGUGAACGUAUACUUGUCUUGUGAACACUUUGUGCAUCUACAUGGGGUCUCCAGUUGCAUUUUUCAUUAUGUACCCAUCUUCAUAUGGUCAAAUGUCCUGUAGCAGACUUAGUUGUUCAAUGAAUAAUGUGUACUUCCACACGUUGCUGAUGUGAUAUAAGCAUUGUGUUGACAGGUGGUCAAAGAAAUUAAGAGUGAGGCGCCUUGUGUAUGGUUAAAGUUCUUUUGGGGUGAGACGAUGCAUCUGGGCAGCUUGAUAUGUGUGACCAUCUAGUGGUAGCAGCAGUGAGCAUGCACUAUCUGUACUUCAUUUUAAAAUCAACUUGUACAUAGUACUUUGCUAAUUAUGACGCUUCUUGACUCUGAAUUUAAAGGAGCUAUAGGAAAAUGUUAACAUGAACAGAAUGCAGCAUGAUCAGCUAAACCAUGGUGGUCAGUGACAAAAGCACUCUCAAAAGCAAUUUGUCCACAGAGUGCAUGUAUAAGUAGUAAAUAUCCUCUGUGCUUGCUGUCAUGUGAAGUUGGCAAAGCCAUGGUAUGCCCAUCUUUGGCAUUGACUUGCACUGGGGCCAAGUUUGUAUGAGGAAAAUGAUGACAUGGAAAAGAAACCUAUGUAGCCAUAGCACUGUGAUACAUGUUUCAAAAGGGUAAAAAAAUUUCGUAAGAAACUAGCACUGCACUAUCAUGCAGGACUGUAAUUGCCUCAGGCUGUAAGAUUGAUUGCACAAGCUUUAAAGGGCGCCUCAUUAGGCCACAUAGAAAAUUUCGGUUAUACACUGGAAGUAGUUACAUGCCCUUUAAGGAGCGUUCUACGGCAAGAAUUUUUAAAAUUGGUUCAUUAAUAGCCGAGAUAGAAAUAUUUCGGUGCCGCAAAACUAUGAUUUCAGGAGGCGUGCGUCACCGCCAACAUAGACACUCUCUCCACUUGCCCCGUCUAGCCUCCGCCAGCAGAAUUCCUUCUCUGCGUUUGCCCAUACUGGAGCUCGAGAAUCGUGUGACACAUAUGUCACGGGCCCCGCCUUCUUUUUUUUUUCCCCUCGCUGUUUUGCUGCAUGGCGCACUUCCGCUGUCACACGCGAGCUGUUGCGUUUGUCUCGUUUCGCGCAGCGCACGAUUUUGCGUGCUGUGCAUGAGAACACCUGACUAGUGGUAUAAGUCAGUGCUACACGAACAGUGAAGCAGACACAAGCGGAUCAAAGGGCAUGAUCGCGCGCUGAAACACAGUAGAAAAUUACAGUUCCGUUGUCUACGCCGCGACUUGACGACGUGAAACAGAAGUACAUCUCUCGAGCUGCAGUGCGAAGUAAAACAAAAACACUUAGACAUUCGGUUUGUGUGUUUUAUUAUUUCUCUAAACUUUAAUUCGUCUAUUAAAGCAAUAUAUUACACAAAUAACAGAUGUUGCCUUGAAUAAUUCUCGUAGUCACGUGUCACUAUGAGCGACGUCAAAGCACAGACAUGUACGCAGGCGCGAUUGUGCAUAUAUGUCAGCCCUCCAGCUUGGAGCAUUGCGCCCAUGAGGAGCAGGGCAAACGACGCUUUGUUUGAAGUUUCAGCUCUUUCCGCGGUGCGUAGCGAUGUAAUGCUUGGCAGACACGAUGGUUAGCGCGCAUUGUAUGCACUGCAAUUGUCAGCUCAAAAUGUCCAGGACCUGGUAAGGGGCCCUUUAAAGGAUUGUAAUUUCUAAUAGAGUUGACGUGUGAUAGUGGGUAGCUCAUUAUGUGCAAAUGUGAUCAGGAAUACUCUGGCCCACAACGCAUCCUAUCAGUCGAGGUGCCACGCAUCAUAAGGUUGUAAUUUCUGUAGAGGUGAAUUAUCAGCUAUAUUUGCAUUGUUCCAAGGAAUGUGUAACCACCUCUCUUCCUUCCAGUGAAUGCAGCGUCUCUUGUGCAAUUUCCUAAAUCUGUCACACUUGCCUAGAUUUUAUUGCUUAUGCUUUCACGUCAUGUUAAUUAUGCACUCUGUAUCACUGCAGCAGCAUUAACAUGCACCACUAUCUAAGGAAGAGAUUCUUGUGGCUCUCAACAAAGGCUAUCACAUAGCAUUCCGGUGUGUGUGUGCAUUAUAAGCAAUCGCGCAGCAUGGUACCUCUUGUACAGAAUACGAUGACUAAUCAUGUGGUUUGAAAUUUAAGAAAAAUGUGGUUUAGGAAGCACCAUGUUAGAAACUAGCUUUUUUUUUGUACAUGCCAACUUUACUCUAAUUUUAAAACUAGUGGUGGUGAUUUCUGCUUUUCUUGAAGGGACUAUAACAAUGAAUGUUAUGUUAAACUAGAUUGUUAAAAAUUAACAUGUCAUCACAAGAUUUGGACAUUCGCUCGGGAAUAGUUAAUAAUUUAUCUAUGAACAAGGACUACAUCACAUUCUAAAUGAACCAAAGAGUUGAACUAGCGAGUUGUAAGAAAUUUUUCUGAACCAAUACAAUCCAGAUACGUGUAAACAGCACUUUGAAAUCUGUGACCUCAUACAAACAUGCUAUCACCAUGUAUAGGUGAAACAUACAGAAAUGGAAGCAUCACCAUUCAUUUCCUGAGUCAAUAGCCAACAGUUUUCUGCCGAAUAAAUGCAAAUCGGGCCUUAAAAAUACCUCACUAGACUAAAUUUCUUGUUUAGUGUCCCUUUAAUUUCUAAUUCUUGCCAGCUGGUUUACAUUGUUCAUGAUAUGCGCUUGGUUCCAUUCUGGCCAUGCUACAUCUUGCACCACAAGUUUAUCGAUAGUUCGACGAGACAGUUCUCCAUGUGCACCUGCACAUGGGAAGAGCAAGUUGUAUGUAAGUACAUUCAGUACUGACCAAUCGUGCCUGUAAGAAGAGUAUACCCAUGUUUUUAUCCUUUACGUCAUGUUCACGAGUGCAGUGUGCACAAUAGUACUAACACCGGUAGUUAACAUUCCACAAUGUUCCUUCCUUCCUGAACAGGGUUUAUAUUUUAUUUUUGUUCUUUGUUCAGUCAAGACAAAAGUAUUCACUGAGUAAAGGACAAAAACUUAGUUGCUUAGCUGUCACUUAGUCUAGCAAUGUACACCCCUGUGUUUAAAAAGUUACCCCACUUACGAGUAUGAACAACAUCAAUAAUGCACUGUUUGUCAAAUCACUCAACAUUUCACUGUUCCAAAGACCCAACAUGUAGAAAGGGAUUUUAACCAGCUGCACUGUGAAAUCCCACUUCUCAUCAUUUACUUAGCAAUUGUGCACGUUCCUUACAAGCUUAUGUAGUAUGAAAAAUUUUUUAAGGGGCAAGUGACACAGCACGAAAGGAAGGUCAAACACAGGACAGCGCCUGUCCUGUGUUUGAUCUUCCUUUUGUGUCAUGCCUCUUGACUGCGCCUUAAAAAUUUGUCAAGUAUGCACCAACUAGGCCCACGGAAAGUUCUUUUAAGCCAUGUUUAGUUUGAUGUAUGUAGGCUGUGUGCCUAGGCAUUUUUCUUUUCAUCAGAUUGUGUGCUCAACAAGUACACUUUUGGUGCUGUUUGAACUUUACUCAGAAAUCAAGGAAGGGAAUGUGCCAAAAACGUUUUUGCCGAAGCAGUACUAUUUCCUCGCUUUCAGUCACAAAAAAAAAGGAAGCCAUAUUUACAUGGUUAGCAUUGAUGAUUGAUUAAUCAACACUGAACAAUUGGUAUUGCAUGGCUUCCUUCUUCUUUUUUCCUUUUCAAAUUGUUGAGAAAGCUAGCUUUUGACUAAAGAACUAUUGCACUGAACCCUAUACAUUCUCAUGGCAUGCAUAUGCUUGAAUUAGUGGAAAUUAUACAUUAUUUCUAGUGCAUUCAGUCCUCUAUUUUUUUUUUUUUUUCACACUGUUUCACGCAAGAGCGAGGUUGUCUAAAUGUACAGGCCUGGAAGAUGGUAAUUCCUCGUAUGUAUUUUACAUUUCAGGCUAGAAAUUGCACUGCUUUACUGCUUACCUUGGCACAAGUUUAGAGAGUGUGAAUGUGCAGCGUUGUAAAAACUUUAGGGGUGCUAAGAAUGACGCCCGUUUUCCUUAUACAUACACACACACACACACACACUCACACACAUACACCCUUGGCAAAGAGUACAAACCGCAUGGGCGGAUACAUGGAAUCAUGCUAGCUAGCAACUCUUGUAUAGUGCUACUAUACUGCAGCUACUAUAUAUACGUGAAUCUUACAAACGUGCUUGAGUGGUUUUCGAGCUGGCUGCUGGUCACUGUGUGAGUGUACACACUUUUUGAUGGCCAUACGCAUAUGUGCGUGUCUGCUUUUUGUGUUUUCCUUUCUCUCUGUGUUUGCAUGUGUGCAUACGCUCGCUAUAUGGUUGUUUGUAUGUGCUUGUAUGUAAAAGGAUCCCUGAGGAGUGUAAGGCACACUCCUUCUCUGCUAUUUCUCUGGGCAAAUAAAGGAUGCUCAAAAGCAUUGGCAACUCAGCCUUCGCCCCUGUACCAGCGUUUCACUGGCACUGUGUAUGACUUCAGAUGUGAGCACUUUUCCUGCUUUUGAGGUCUGUGCACUUGUUCAUAUACAAUUUCUUUCAUGGGAUCAUUUGGCUGGUUUUUCUUGUGUGUGCACUUUGUUUUGUUCGGUGGCAAUAAAUAACAUGCUUUAAGGCAAGA